CUUCAAAAUCGAGAAGAAUAAAAUCGAUUGAAGAUUCGUAGUUUGAUUAUCAAAUUUGAAACUGUUCAUAUUCAAUCUCGUUUUAUAAUUUGAACAAAUCAUUGUCUCAAAAAUGAGACCUUUAUUGAUCCUCUAUUAGUAAAUCAUUAAUUGGCAAUCAAUAACGUGUACUGAUCGAGCGUCAGUAAAUAACUGAUUCGUUGCUUUCAUAGAGUUAGAACCAACCGCUUCUGAAGGUAUCGUGAAGUCUGUGGAGACAGUUGUCCCCCACUUAUUAAGGUUAAGCACGGUACUCAGAUGCAAGUCAAUCAUAGACAUUUUGUGAGAUUAUGACUUGACAACAGAUUUCUACCUUCACGUGAGCUUGUAGGAACACAAUGUGUUACCUAUCGAGAUAAUCGUCAACAGUUCCCGAGUUCCACUACAGCUCACAGACACGGUGGCAUUGUGACCCUCAAACCCUCACAAAAUCUUCUCAAAAUGGACAAUCAAACUAUGUCCCCUCCUGGAACUGACGUCGAUAUCGAUGACUAUAUUUGGUUUUCCAAUAACUUCACCCCCUUCAUUACCACGGUUCUAGUAAUCUUUACCCUGGCUUGGGUAGUUAGAUUUGUUCAAUACAGAAAAUCAUACAUAGAAUAUGUAGAUAUAAAACCUUCCCUCCAAUCUACAUGUGCUGAUCAACUUGACAGGCAUCAGGGAUACCUUGCCCACCUUUCAGUAUCAUACUAGGCACGUUGAAAUCGAUGGGUGAUCAAUAUGCCCAUGCACCUAUGACCGCGCAUCCUCAUGGAAUUAUGACCAUGAUAUACAACAAAUACAACUUAAAAGAUAUGUUCAUACUGGACAAUUGGCCAUUUUUUCGAUGGAGACAAAUCAUCAUUUGUGAUCCAGUAUGUCCAUGUCUUCCAUCAUGAAUCAACUCCGACGAAUUUAUCAGAGCAUGACUGAUAUUCUAUAGAAUCUCGCAGCACAAUGCACGCAGAAUUAUUCACUUCCGAAAUCACCUGUCGCAGAACAAUAUAUUGGGCAUAUUACUGGGAAAAGAAGUAUUCUACUUACUGACGGUUUGGAAUGGAAGAACAAUCGGGCAUUAUUUAAUCCUGGAUUUGCUCUUGCUCAUCUAACAACACUUAUCCCAAGUAUUGUUGACGAGUCGGAAAUUUUUCGUAAUGUCUUAGGGAAGCUUGCGGACUCCGGAGAGGUUCAUCCAAUAGAAGAAGCGGCUGCGUUUGCGACGAUUGAUAUCAUGGGCCAUGUUGUUCUGGAUAUCAGUCUAAAUUCACAAACUACAGAGAAUGAAUUAGUCGAAUAUUUUCGAAAAUCUAUUUCUUGGACACCGAAAAUUGUGGCGACGAAUCCGCUGGUGAAUUUCAAUCCAUUAGGUCCGAUUAUGCGAAAGUAUUAUGAAUGGAAAAUGGAUGGCUAUCUUGAUAAGAUUUUAGAUGCUCGAUUUGCAGAGAAGGAAGGAAAUGCUUCGAAGAGUAAGAAGAAGCCUGUUAUUGAUGUUGCUCUGGAUGAAUAUAUUCUUCAGCAAGAGGAGGAAAAUAUCGCAUUGGAACAUAGAGGAUUGGAUCAAACAUUCAAGCAAGUGUCGAUUGAUCAAAUGAAAACAUUUCUCUUUGCUGGUCAUGACACAACUUCAAGUACCAUCGCAUACACAUAUCAUCUCCUAGGCGAGAAUCCCAAAUGUUUAGCUAAAGCACGCGACGAAUUGGACAAAGUAUUUGGAAAAGAUGUUGCAAAAACUGGAGACAUGAUCAAGGAAAAUCCGAGUAUCGUGAACCAGUUACCAUACGUAUAUAGCUGUAUCAAGGAAACCCUUAGGAGAUACCCACCAGCAGACACAGCACGACACGGAGAUGAUCUCAUACUCAACUAUGAAGGCAAACAAUAUCCCACUAAGGAUUUCUUGGUAAUGGUCUGCGUUCAUACUAUACACCACCGCGAGGAUCUUUUUCCUUCCCCUUACGAAUUCAUUCCCGAACGAUUUAUGCCCGCUCCGGACAACUUUCAAGAAAUCCCAAAGAAUGCUUGGCGACCGUUUGAAAAAGGAUCCCGAGAUUGUAUUGGACAAGAACUUGCUCUUCUCGAAAUGAAGAUUAUCAUGGCGAUGACAUUGAGAGAAUUUGAUAUAAAAUCCGAUUAUGAGGCAUGGGAUCGAAAUCUUGGAAGAAAAGAACCUGGUGGUACUCUGAAUGGUACACGUGGGAUGUUUGGUGAGAGGUUUUUCAUUUAUAAGAAUUUAGAUGGUUUAAUAUGAUUUUUGCUAACAAAAUAUUAGGAGAUCGUGCUUAUCAAGAAUUAAUCGCAAGUGCUAAGCCAUCUGAUGGGAUGCCAGCGAGGGUUGAGAGAAGAACGCAUAAUUAAUUCGAUCGUAUUAUUACGAUUUGUGAGAUCGGAUGAACCGUGUUCAGCAUGAUUUCAUGCGCCUGAAUUGAAUAUAGAAAGAUGAGAGCAACAGAUGGAAGUGUUACAACACGACUAUUCUUUCCGAUUUUCUGAACAUUUUCUUCCUUUUUCGUCAUAAUACUCUGGCAAAACUUUGGUUGGAGGAAAUUUUAUCAUAUAAAAACACGUUUAAGAAUAUUCAUCUCAAGGUUUCAAAAACGUCCCUUAUAUCCUUAUUCUUCCUCAGCAAAAUAUCCUGAUAAAAUUGGCAUUGGUGUUCCAGGCCGAUCAACCCAUACGAGGUGGUGCUAGAAAUUCCGACAA